CUGCCAAUUCCAGAUCAACCAAUGAAUUUACUUCCAUUUUGAUUGGAGUCUCAGUUUUCUUUCCAGAUAACGAAAACUGAACAUUCAUUUCUCGAGAAAACAAAUAGAAUUCAUGCCAGAUUCUACACUCCAAAGGUAAAGUAUGCCUUUAAUUCGUCGGAAGAAAGUCACUGAAAGUGAUAAACACUCGAAUUCAGAUCCUAUAGAAGAAGAAGAAAGUGAAAUAGAAUCCGAUGAUCACAAAAAGAAGACCAAAAGCGGAGCAUCGAAGAAGGCAAAGAAAGUAGCUCGAGCGGAGCGUAAGAAGGAUAAGCCCAAAUGGUCCUGCGUCGACUCGUGCUGCUGGUUAAUUGGUUGCGUAUGCGUCACUUGGUGGUUCCUGCUCUUCCUUUACAGCGCGGUUCCGUCUUCCUUCCCGCAGUAUGUGACCGAGGUCAUCACGGGGCCGGCGCCGGAUCCGCCUGGGGUCAAACUCAGGAAUGAGGGGCUGAAGGCGAGGCAUCCGGUGGUGUUUGUCCCCGGGAUAGUUACCGGCAGCCUCGAGCUCUGGGAAGGCCAUCAGUGCGCUGAAGGUCUCUUCAGGAAGCGCUUAUGGGGCGGCACCUUUGGCGAGGUUUAUAAGAGACCUUUAUGUUGGGUCGAGCACAUGUCUCUGGACAAUGAAACUGGAUUGGAUCCUCCGGGUGUAAGGGUCAGGCCUGUCUCUGGACUUGUGGCGGCAGAUUACUUUGCUGCGGGAUACUUUGUUUGGGCUGUUUUGAUUGCUAACUUGGCACGCAUUGGAUAUGAGGAGAAAACCAUGUAUAUGGCUGCAUAUGAUUGGAGACUGUCAUUUCAGAACACUGAGGUGCGAGACCAAACGCUAAGCCGCAUUAAAAGUAAUAUAGAACUGAUGGUCGCUACGAAUGGUGGAAAAAAGGCAGUUGUGAUUCCCCAUUCCAUGGGUGUCUUGUACUUUCUGCAUUUUAUGAAGUGGGUUGAGGCACCUGCCCCCAUGGGUGGUGGGGGUGGACCAAAUUGGUGCGCUAGGCAUAUAAAGGCUGUGAUGAACAUUGGCGGACCAUUUCUAGGCGUUCCCAAAGCUAUUGCUGGCCUUUUCUCUGCUGAAGCAAAGGAUAUUGCAGUUGCCAGGGCAGUUGCACCAGGGUUUUUGGAAAAUGAUUUAUUUCACUUCCAGACGUUACAAUAUGUGAUGAAGCUUUCCCGCACAUGGGAUUCAACCAUGUCAAUGAUACCAAAAGGUGGAGAAACUAUCUGGGGUGGUCUUGACUGGUCGCCUGAGCAAGGAUAUAUUCCUAGCAAACACAGGCAAAAAGACAAUGGCACCAAGAUUAUCAGCCAAAAUGAAACUGAAUGUGAGGUGUCUCAAACAAAGAGUGUUAACUAUGGUAGGCUUAUAUCAUUUGGCAGAGAUGUAGCUGAGGCACCUUCGUCAGAGAUCGAAAGAAUUGACUUUAGGGGUGCUAUUAAGGGCCAAAGUGUUGCAAACACCACAUGUCGUGAUGUUUGGACCGAGUAUCACGACAUGGGAUUUAAUGGUAUUAAGGCUGUUGCAGAAUAUAAAGUUUACACUGCUGGAUCAAUUAUAGAUCUGCUAUAUUUUGUCGCCCCAAAAAUGAUGACACGUGGAAGUGCUCAUUUCUCCUAUGGGAUUGCUGAUGAUUUGGAUGAUCCAAUGUACGAACACUACAAAUAUUGGUCAAACCCAUUGGAGACGAAGUUACCAAAUGCUCCCGAUAUGGAAAUCUUUUCUAUGUAUGGAGUUGGUGUACCAACUGAAAGAGCUUAUGUUUACAAGUUGUCUACGUAUGCUGAAUGCAAUAUCCCAUUUCGGAUUGACACAUCAGCAGAUGAAGAAGAUGAAGGUAGGUGUCUGAAGGAUGGAGUCUAUACUGUCGAUGGUGAUGAGACAGUGCCCGUUUUAAGUGCAGGCUUUAUGUGUGCGAAAGGUUGGCGUGGGAAGACGAGAUUUAAUCCUUCGGGGAUUGGGAUGUUUAUUAGGGAGUAUGAUCACUCUCCUCCAGCAAAUCUACUCGAGGGUCGGGGCACCCAGAGUGGCUCGCAUGUUGAUAUAAUGGGAAACUUUGCUUUAAUUGAGGAUAUCAUUAGGGUGGCUGCUGGGGCAACAGGAGAGGAGUUGGGAGGUGAUCAAGUUUUUUCUGAUAUAUUCAAGUGGUCUGAGAAGAUCAACUUAAAACUGUAAUCUCAAAUGGUAUGUCUAUUACUACAUGGUUAGAUUGUUCAUCUUUAACUUUUAUUUUUCAAUCUCCUCUUCUACGAGAAUCCCUCGGGAUCAUAAAGGAUCAGAAAUUGUAUGUUGUGGGAUAUAUUCAUGUAAUUACAUCAUAUAUUUGACAAUAGAUGAUGAAGCUAUCAAGCUCUUUUGAGUAGUGUUUCUUCUU